AUGACUCGUAGUGAAAAUGGCUACCAAUGGCAUGAAGAAUAUGAUGGUGCUACAGUAGCAUUUAUGAUUAUUGGUGCUGCCCUUAUAUUUUUCAUGGUCCCUGGGUUGGGGUUCUUAUAUUCUGGUCUUGCUAGAAGAAAAAGUGCCCUUGCUUUAAUCUGGGUAGUUUUAAUGUCUACUUUAGUAGGUAUGUUACAAUGGUAUUUUUGGGGUUACUCCCUAGCAUUUUCUAAAACUGCUAAAAAUCAUAAAUUUAUCGGAGAUUUAAACUCAUUUGGUUUUAGAAACGUAUAUGGUAAAGUUAAUGAAUCCGACGUUUACCCCGAAAUUGCAUAUGCAGGAUUCCAAAUGAUGUUUAUGUGCGUCACUUUAAGUAUUGUCUCUGGUGCCACAGCAGAAAGAGGUAGAUUAUUACCACAUAUGGUAUUUCUAUUUCUUUUUGCCACCGUCGUAUAUUGUCCAAUUUGUUAUUGGAUUUGGUCUCCAGGUGGAUGGGCUUACCAAUGGGGAGUUCUAGAUUGGGCAGGCGGAUUCCUUGAGAUUGUUAGUGCAGUCGCUGGGUUUGUUUAUUCCAUCUUUUUAGGAAGAAGAAGAGAGAAAUUAUUAAUCAAUUUUAGGCCUCAUAAUGUCUCAAUGGUUACUUUAGGUACAGGGAUAUUAUGGUUUGGUUGGUUAUUGUUCAAUUCUGCGAGCUCUUUGAGCCCAAAUCUAAGAUCUGCUUACGCUUUCUUCAAUACUAAUAUUAGUGCAGUUACAGGUGGAAUGACAUGGUGUUUAUUAGAUUAUAGAACUGAGAAAAAAUGGUCUACAGUGGGUCUUUGUUCCGGUAUAAUUUGUGGUCUUGUAGCAGCUACACCUUCCAGCGGAUGUAUUACUCUGUACGCAUCAUUAAUUCAAGGUAUUGUAGCAGGUGUCGUUUGUAAUUUUGCAACCAAGAUCAAGUACUAUCUGAAUGUCGAUGACUCCAUGGAUCUAUUGGCAGAACACGGUAUUGCUGGUAUUGUAGGUCUGAUGUUUAAUGCAUUAUUUGCCGCAGACUGGGUCAUCGGUAUGGAUGGUACCACAGAACAUAGGGGUGGUUGGUUAACUCAUAAUUAUAGACAAAUUUAUAAACAGAUUGCUUAUAUUGCCGCUGUAAUGUGUUACUGUGCUGUGGUCACUGCCAUCAUAUGCUUCGUUCUAGAUAUAAUACCAUUUGUGAAAUUAAGAGUCAGCGAAGAAGCCGAGGCAAAUGGGCUGGACGAGGAUCAAAUUGGUGAAUUCGCCUAUGAUUAUGUAGAAGUCAGAAGAGAUUAUUAUGAAUGGGGUGUUGACACUGAUAAUAUGCAUGGAUCAGAUAAUAAUAAUCAAGAAACAGACUCUGAUAUAAUCACUAAUACGAAAAAUGAUAUUCAAAAUAAAAUAUCCCACCACAUCAUUCCAACCAGUGACGUCACUGCAGACACAUAUUUACCUUCCUCUGCUUCAUCUAAUGACAAUAAUGAUAACGGUGAUGCUAACGAAAAGAGGACUUCACAAGAUGAACUUGAACUAACUCCGCAACCACCUCAUGAUAAUUCAAUUUCCUAA